GUCCAAGCGCAUGUGAUUUUGUGAAAGAAAUUUUCGAAAGUCGAAACCGUGUUUUUUUCGAAUUACAAUGGCUGAGCAUGAGCACAGGUGGUUUUGUGAAAAGUGCUAAACCAAACACACCCUGGACUUUCGGGCAUGUUUACCACGCAGCACAGCUGCGGCGACCUUUUGGUCACGCUAAAGCACAACACGUCAGCACCGGUAGCAUUGCCGGACAUCUUUCGUCAGCCGCAGCCGCGACGUCAGCUUCGCUUUGCUUCCCGGCGGCGCGAACGCAUCGAUCCCGCCUCCUCGUCCUCCACCGUCCCUCGUGCUCGCGCCCUUCCCUAGCUCCAGCUGGAAAUCCUCCAUCUCCAACUUGUACAGGGAGGCUGGCGGCCGGCCCGGACCCGGCGCACGUGAUGAUCUGUCGUUCUGGAGGCGGAGGGGCGACGUCGGAUGCCGCCGUGCCGGUGGGGGAGACGGCAGAUUCGCGCACCUUAUCGCCGCCGGCCGAAGAAACCUCCCCCUACCUUGAGCGUCCACCAGCGUAUUGGCACCUGUUUCAAGUACAGAGCAAAAACACUCCAUAUCAAAGAUGAGCUUCAGAUCUAUCGAACAGCUACUUAGGAGGAACAGCAAGACAAAAAUUUCUCGCAAUAUUGUUGACGGUGUCCAUGACCAGAAGGAAGAGCAGUGUGUGCAAUCCUUGCGGGAGUUACUUCUUGCAAGCAACGAGCUACCAGAGAAGUUUGAUGACUACUAUCUCCUCCUACGCUUUCUGAGAAUGAGAGGCUUCAACAUCUUAAAGGCAAAAGAAAUGUUCUUAAAUAUGUUAAAAUGGCGUGAAGAUUGUUCUGUUGAUGCCAUUGCAAAUGAAUUUAAAUUUGAGGAGUAUGAUGCUGUGAAAAGAUGCUAUCCUCAUGGAUUUCAUGGAGUUGAUAAAUUUGGCAGGCCUCUAUAUAUCGAACGGAUUGGCUUGGUGGAUCUUAGCAAGCUCAUGCAGGUGACAAGUAUUGAUCGAUAUGUAAAAUAUCAUAUAUCAGAACAGGAGAAAACUAUGUCUUUGAGAUAUCCUGCUUGCUCAAUUGCGGCUAAAAAGCACAUAGCCUCUACAACAGCCAUAUUGGAUGUGAAAGGAUUGGGGAUGAAUAAUUUUUCAAAAUCUGCAAGAGAGAUGUUCAUAGAGAUCCAAAAGAUCGAUAGCAAUUACUAUCCAGAGACAUUAAAUCAACUUUAUAUAAUUAAUGCUGGAACUGGAUUUAGAGCACUGUGGAAAGUAUUGAAAGCAUUCAUGGAAGCAAGGACUUUAGCAAAGAUUCAGGUUCUGGGGACCAAUUACCUUAACACAUUAUUAGAAGCUGUUGACCCAAGCAAUUUACCAGACUUUUUAGGCGGAACAUGCAAUUGUCCUGCAACAGGAGGAUGCUUGCUCCAUGAUAAAGGACCCUGGACCGACCCAGAAAUGGUUCGUGCUUCUAAGGCAGCAUUUGGUAAAGGUCAGAAGUCUUUCAAUGAACUGACUGCUACAAUUGCCUGUGAAAGCUUCGCAGGUUGUCAGGAGCCUUCUGCGAAACAAGUAGAUUCCACUUCUUGUAGGAAAAGAACUCUUGGCAUGUUGUUAAAGGAUGACCAGGAUGGCACUGAUACAAGCGGAAAUAUUCUACGGAAACAGGUCGAUGAACAGAUCUCAGAGAAGAUCCAAGAACUUGAAGACUGUGCUGCUCAGACUAAGGAGACCCUGCAGACACUAAUAUGUAAGCAGCAAGAACUGACGAACCACAUCGAACAGCUGAGGAGAAUCCUUCGGGAUGGCACAAGUGCAGAUAAGCAAACCGAUGUACAAAACUCAAAGCUGGAGAAAGCAAAAAAGGGCAAAAAACAAGUAAUUGUUCUAUCAUUAUAGAGAAGAAAUAGGCACCUUAGAUACACCACGAUGAUCUUGGAAAUGCCAUGGACUAAGGUGGUAUGGCAUCCACUCAGAAGUGCUGCCAUGUUACACAUGUAAUCUACCGUGAUCCAAAUUUGAUGAGUAAAACUCCUCCCUACAAGACUCAUAUAUUUCUUUUUUUUAACGAACCGUUUCUGGUUUUGUCCGUGAUUUUUGUGAGUAAAUAUAGGACUGAAAGCUCUUUGUGCUGGAA